AUGUUAUUUACAUUUUUGAUCUUAACUUAAGUUUACUCCUUGGAUAUUUGUAGGUAACUUAACACUUAUGAAACUUGCAUAGCGUCUAAAACUGAAUAUUGUAUAAUAAUUAGAUUUAGUUCAUUUAGGUAGAUGGUUUCCGCAUUAGCGAUAUUGCAGGAUAUCAAAUGAUCUAAUGUAGGGUUGCGAUUAAAAUCUCAGCGUUAAAUUGUGUACAAGGUAGAUAAGCACCCAUGUGGCUACGUAGGCUUUAUGCAUUUUCGAUUCAAUAUGUCACGAAAUCAAUGACAUUUCGAAGGCGAAAUGCAAUCAGAAUUUAAACAAAUAUGGAUGUAUGGGCAUAACAGAUCCACAUUAACUUUGUAAAUGGGAGGAUAGACAGUGCAAGUAUUUAUCUGCUGAGGAAAUUGGGAAUUUGAAUAGAAACUUCCCUAAUUUAAUUUUGAGUAUGUCUGUGUGUCCUCUGAUUACAGGAUACUUGGUAGCUCACAAAAAUGUCCUGGAUAGUCUGAUGUCUAGUGAUACUACAGAUUAUGGCUUAUUGAUAUAAUAGGAUGAUUUGUUGGAUGCGUCAAAAAGUUACGACGAAGGGGAUUUGCAAAAUAAUUACUUAAAUUCAUAAGGACAAUUCAUUUGGUACGUUCCUCAGAAAUAAUCUCAGUUCAAUCUAUUGAAUUUAUUAAUCAAUGACUAGAGCAGAGUGGGAUGCAUAGGUUUAGACAUUUCUGAUGAUUCCAUGUUUAGAACACUCUUCAAUAUUAAUGAUUAAAAAGUGAUCAAGGGUGUCAACUAGAUAUUUUGCUAAUACAUCAACAUCAAUCCAUACAGUGAUAUAAUGAGUGUUUUUGUUAAUAAUUAGUGUGAAAUCAUUGUUCCUGAAGAAGCCUAAUUACGAACAGAUCUGCAAUGUGAGAACUUGGGGAGAUAUGCUUGUUAGAUGAGUCCUAAGGAUCUGAAUUGUCAAGUGGUGGAACCUAUAAAUUAUUUUGAGAAAUCCUGUAUUCAAGUGAAGACUCAAUCAGCAAAUCUGGAUUGCAAACCAUUGAAUGGGAUUGCUACUCAUUAACAAUGCAGUCAAAGUUCACAAUAUUGUUUCCUCUACUUUAAUGGCAAAGAAGGCUAUUGCGAUGAAGGGUGUUACAACUUAAUAACGAAGAAUGAUUGUUUUAAGAAGUCAAACUGUUAUUGGAUUGAUGAGAAAUUGGAUUUCCUUGUAAAGUGCAGUCCAUUGCAAGGGUGUUCUUAACUGGGAUUGAGCAGAGUCUAUUGCUUGAAUCUGGCUCUUCCUUGUGUUUGGAUAGAUAACCAAUGCAAAUAUGGUGAUUUGAGAAUAUUGACUUGUUCUGAAGCCAACACAAAAUAUAGUUGUACUAAUGUGCAAAGGUAAGAUCAACAAUGCAUUUGGUAUAACAACAUGUGUAUUAAUACUAUCACUCAUUUGAUUUUCAAGAAUUAUGCUUAGUUGCCACAGACUCUAAUCAGAAAUAGAAAUUAAUGUCUCAUGCAAGACAAAGCGUUGUAUAGAUUUAUUGAAAAUACCAAGUAAUGCUAGAGAGAUUACAUCUUGGACACUCAAGAUCUAUCAAACAUCAACAGGCACUUCUGUUUGUCUUUACAAUUGAACUCACAAUGGGAUUACGAAUAAUAGAAGUGCUAAAUAGUUUAACCCCUUCUACAAUGUGAUAACAGGUUGAAUAUCAAUCCUAAAUUGUGUUCAUAUGUUUAGAAUUGCAUCUAUGAUGAAAUCAAAUAGAGUUGCACUCAAUUAACCGGUCAAAUAUCCUGCAAUACCGUUGGUUUAACCAAAGCACUUUGUAUCUCAAAUCUAAAUGAAUUUUGUGUAUGGAUCAAUAACUCUUGUCAAAAUAUUAAAAUAUUCGAUGAAUGUGUUCAACUGGCCAAUGUAUCACCAUAUUCAUGUUCAAUGAUCGACAUAGAACCAUGUUCCUAUAAUAAUGGAUAUUGCAUUUCCAACAUCAGCAACAACAAUUCCUGUUAAUAAUUCAUGAAUAAAGUCUAAUGUUAAAAACAGUAGAGUGAAUGCUAUUAUGAUUUGAUGGACUGCAAACCAAUUGACAAUCCCUCUUUGUAUUCAACAUUGAAUUGCAAAGGACUUACAUAAUCUGUUUGUGUUAAGAAUCAAAAAUAACCUUGUGUCUGGAAAGACAAUGAAUGCCAAUUUUAUAAAUUAAAUUAUUUUGAUGUUUGUGAUGACAUCGUAAAUCAAAAGGCUUGCCAACAAAAAAUACAGAAUGGUAAAUUAAACACCCAGCAUUUCUGCGAAUACAAUUUAACUUAAAUGAAGUGUUUACAAAACCUUACUCCCAUAACUGACUGUGGAUCAAACUUAAAAAUCAAUCUACAUAGGUGUGUCUCCUUCACUCAAUCAGAAUGCUAUUUCUAUAAUCAUUAAUGUCUGCCCCUCUCUACUGACACUACCUUUAAAAAAUUAUAAUUGAGUACCCUGAAAUGUUCAUAGGCAAACAUUAACAUCUGUAAUAAAAUCAACACUCCAGAUCAAAUAUGCAUUGUUCUAAAUCGAGGCACUUUUAGCACUUGUAUAGAUGUUUCUUAAAAUUAAAAAUAUUCCUCAUCCUUCUUAUGUGCAGACAUCAACACUAAUUUAAACGGAAGUCCUAGUAUUUGCAGUUUAGCAACAGAUAAUUGUUAUUAUGAUUCUGGAACUAAUAAAUGUGUAACUUAAACUGAUACGAAUGUUCUUUAUAAAUGCGAUGACAUCAUUAGUAAGUCCCUGUGUUUGAACCAGACUAAGUUUUAGUGCAUCUUCAUUUAGAAUAAAUGCAAAUAGUAUAAUAACUCAUAUAAUAACGUCGAUUGUCAAUUCAGAAAUAUAUAUAGUUGUGAAACCAGCGGAAAGAAUUGUGUUUGGGACUCAACCAAUAAAAUAUGUUAAGAUUCAAACAAUUAUUGCCCUGCUACAUAUAUCCAAAGUUACAAAGUAUGUUAAAAUGGAAGGGGAUUUUGUUUCAAUGGACUCAACGGAUGUGUCUUAUAAUAAUUAAAUAAAACUUUACCUUGCAACAUCGCCUUAAGUCAACAAUUGUGUGUCAACUAGAAUCACAUAUGUCUAUGGGUAAACAAUAAGUGCACCUCUUAUCCUGCUCACAUAAAAUAUUGUUACUAAUUGUAAACCUAAUAAGAGUGCAUCUCAAUUCAACAUCUCAGUUGUGUCUUCUAUAAUUCUUAAUGCUUAGAGGACAGCACCUUAAAAUAAUUAUCUGAUUAUUAUGAUGUUGAGUCCUAUUAAUAUUGUUAUAACAUGCAAAUGAAUGUUUAUUACAAUUCCUAGUAAUGCAUCUAGUUGUUAGGAGAUAUGCAGCAUCAAUAAUACGAUAUCAAUAAUACCUUUAAUAUGCAAUGCAGUCUAACUUCGAGCAUGAUCACUUGCAUCCAUUAACGAUCCUCAAAAUGCACCUUUACUCAAUCCAAGUGUAUAACAAGUUAAUUGACAUCCUGUGUCCAAUAGGAGGAUGUAUUUCAUUCUCCUUAAACUUGUUUAUCACUACCCAACUGUUUUUGGUAUUCCAACAAGGUAGGCUAAGGAUUUUGCUAUUAAAAUCAAUUGAGUUGUGACAAUAUCUUAUUAAAAUCCCUGUGUCUCAGCGACCUUGGAAUCAAUUGCAAAUAUGAGAGUAAUAAAUGCCAAAGUGCUGCCUUUACUGACUGCGAUCAGAUUGAAAAUGUCUAAGUGAAUUACAAAGUCUGUUAAUAAUUACAACCGAAUUGCUUCUAUGAUUUUCAAAAUAGUUUAUGCAAAAAGAUUGACAGAAAGGUAAUCGAAUGCGAAGCUGCAGUUAAUUUAUAUGAUUGUGUAUAUGCUUAUUAGAAGAACUGUUUAGUGCAAUAUAAUGCAGGUGCUUUUCAAUCCUGUCAAAGCAUAUCCUCCAACACCUAUAAUUUGAAUCAUAAUCUAAAUUCUUGUAUCCAAUUAAUGGAUAAUAAGUAUAUGUAUAAUUUAAAAACUUAUAAAUGUGAUGUUUUGACAGAUGAAGGACCAAUUGAAGGUUGUUCAAAUAUCAAUCAAAUUGCCUGUCAAUAAUUAACAACACAAUUUUAAUGCAUUUGGUAUAAUAAUGCUUGUUAAUCUUAUUAAUUACAAGAUGAUUUAUAAUGUACCCAAUUAAACCAAUAAGUUUGCUUAUUAUACACCUUAAAAUAAUGCAUAUGGUUGAAUAAUUAAUGCGUAGAGUUUAGCAGCCAGAGUGAUCCCAGUAUACUAUAUUCGUAGGGAUAUUGUUAAAUAAACUCGAAAUUCUGGGAUAGUUAGACCAAGUCUUGUUAUACAAAGAAUGCUGAUUUGGUGAUAGUUUCAUGUGAUAAUUUUGGAUUCGAUAAAUUAUCAUGUCUAAAUUAAAAUUAUAUAGAAUGCUAUUGGAAUCUGUCAAAAUGCACAAAAAUGAUCAAUAAAGUCAAUCUUACAUGUAACAACAUUUCAAACUAUAAUUGUGAUACCGCUUUUAAUUGUAAAUGGAAUCCGAGUGCUAAUGAAUGCCAGGAUAAUUCUGCUAAUAAUUUAUAGUGUUCUGAUUACACCUUUCGUAGUUGUAUAGAGAUCAGCAACAAAAAUUGCUUGUUUAAUUAAGCAUCAAAUUAAUGUUAAGAGAUACCAUUAACUUCGAUAGUCUUAUAAAAUUGCAAUGAAAACUUGAGUUUUCAAUUAUGCAGACUGGUUAAAAAUUAGAUAUGUACUAUUUACGAUCAGGUGUGUCAAGAAUGGACUCCGCGAUUAUUUGAUUGUUUGUACAUCUAAAAUCAAUACGGUUGCAUGUAUGCUCCAAUGGCUUGUUAAUGGUUGAAUUAACAAUGCUAACAUAUUGUCAUUACAAAUAAGGCAUUAUGUAAAGACUUACCGAAGUCAUAUAAUAAGAUGAGUUGUUAGACAUAGAGCAUUGAUGAUUGUGAAUUCAAUGAUGUUUUACUGUAGUGUUCUUAGAAGAUAACAAGUAUGGAGGACAUAGCUAAUAUUCAGAUAGGGAAUAUGUUGGACACAAAUCUUUAUUUGUGUGAGGACCAAUUGAAUUAUAGUGAUUGUAUAGGCAACUUUAAGUAGUAGUGUUAAUGGUUGAACAAUGCUUGUGUUCAAAGUGAUUUGGCUUAAUGUCUAAAUCAGAGCUACUUGAGCUGUUUGAACAAUAAAGCAAAUUGUAAAUGGAGAAAUUAGAGAUGCUACCAGUUUGACAAUAACGAAAACAUAGAGGAUAUUCCAACACUUAUUAGUCCUACAGUUUGUGGGAUAUUCAUUAGUGACAAGAAGGUCAAAUAUUCUUCAACUCUUUUCUCCUGUGUUCUUAGUGAUUCAGAAACUGAUGAUUGUGAUACAAUUGGUCUUAAUGAUAAUGCUUGUUAUAACAUCAAGAAAUCUAAAUGUCAAUUUACAAAUAAUCGUUGCUCAUUUUAUUCAUUGAAUGUCCAGUAUUCGAAUUGCGCAUAAUAUAAGAAUGUCAAUCCAAAAGUGUGUUCAUCUCUAUAGAUUUCUUGCAAAUAUAAUGAAUCGUUGUUUCAAUGUGUUUCUGCAAGCGACAAAGAUUCUUGUACUACCAAAGGGAUUUCAAAGACAGCUUGUUUAUCAAUAACCACCGAACCUUGCUAUUGGGUAAAUGAUGAAUGUUCUCUAUUUGUUCCUGAUGAGUACACUAAUUAAUGUGAUAAUUUCACACAAACAAAUAGUCUGGCUUGUUAAUACAUAGACUAUUAAUAAUAGGCUUGCACCUAUGAUCCAAUACAUCAUGUUUGCUCCAAGAUUUACAGCAGAUAUCAGAAAUGUGUGCAACCAGGAUUAAAUAAGUAUGCUUGUCUGGGACUGUAAUAAGAGCCUUGUUAAUUUGUGAAUCACUAAUGUGCUCCAUUUACAAGCACAAGUUCAGUAUGCUAUGAAAUAGAAAAUGUAAACUCAUUGGCUUGUGCAAUUCAAGCUGUUUAGAAAUGUAAUUAUCACAAGGAUAUAUUCAGUUGUUAUGGAGUUCCACUGAGAAUACCUUGCAAUUCUCCAGGGAUCAAUAACAUAGCAUGUGGUUUACAAGAAAACUGUGUCUGGGAUAAUGACACCGCAUCUUGUCUCUAUAAGACUACUCCCAAUAUCAACAUGUGUUUUUCAUUAACCCAAGAUAGUUGUAUAUCUAAUCGCAGUUGCUAUUUAGCUAAUUCUGGAUGUCGAUUAAAGAGAUGCUUCGAUCUAAAUGAAGUGGAGUGUCUGAGUACAUUGUCUUUAAACAAUGAGACUUGUUAUUUGGAUAUAUCGAAUCAAUGCCAGAUUGCAAAGCAAUGUGAGGAUAUUGUACUACUUAAUGAAAAGCAAAAGUGUGACACCUUCUACUUUAAUUCAACUUCAUGCAUUCAAAUCAAUAAUUAUUGUGUUUCAUCAACAGCUCUUGAUUAGAUUUGCCCAUAGACAGAUUGCUCAAAGUCUUUUUGUGUUAAGGACAAUCACUUGUGUAGAGGUCCCGUUUGUUCUGACUUUGAUUAAAAUAGCUGUCCCAAGAACAAUUGUGCUUACAUCAAUGAAGCCUGUACAACAAUUACCACCUGCUCGGAUAUCAAUGAUUUCGAGAUAUGCAAUGUAAGUACUGUGAAUAAUCAAUAAUGUUCAUGGUAACCUUCCGCUUUGAGAGUUGGCCCCUAUCAUUGUACAAAUAAACCCUGCUAGUAAGUUUAAUAAUCAUAAAUAUAGUCUAUUUGGGUCCUCGUGGUAGUUUUGCUAAGGCAAUGAGAUGAAUGAUCAAACUUGCUUUGUAACUAAGUACGCUCAAUGUGAAUCAUGCGAAGAGCAGACAGAUCAGGCCACUUGUUUACAGUCGAAACUUUGCACCUUUACCAACAAUAAAUGUAAAUCUAUUUUGUGCAAGUAUUUUACAAACGAACAAAUGUGUGUAGCUUAAUCAAGAUGCUAUUGGAGUUCUGUGGAUUAGGUCUGUAGAAAGCAUUGCGAAAAGAUUGUUGAAAAAGAAUAAUGUGAUUCCAUCGAUUAUGAGUGCAAUUGGCAUUCAUUCAAAUACAUAUGCGAGAGUGGGGUUCAAUAAAAUCCGGAUCUCAGCUACUAUAUCAAUGACUAAGAUGUUAGUGCCAACAUCAUUAAAUUAGUUAUGAUCAUUUAUCUAUUUUAUUAUUGA